UCUUGUGAAUUUGGGAUCGGCUUCGUGAAAUAACGUUCUGCGAAUCUCUUCUUCUCAAAAAUAUAUCCAAUGGAGAGUGCAUUAGCAGUCGGAGGAUGGCUAGCGCAGCCUGUCAUUAGCAUGCUUGUCGACAGUGGGUGGACAUCGUCGCUGAGAGGAAAGCUGUACGGGCUUCAGGACGAUGACUUGCCGAAGCUACGUAGAUCUCUGCUCAAGAUCCACUCGAUCGUCGACAAAGCAGGGAUGAGAUGGAGCAGGGACGCAAGGUUAGUCGAGAUGAUGAAGCAACUCCAAGAUGCCGCUUACGACGCCGAAGACUUCCUCGAUGACCUCACGUUCCAUGGCAUGAAGCAAAAGAUUAAAGAAGAGGCAAGUCACAAGGCUCGUAAGCGCCCUUUUAGUGAUAUUAGAAACGCCACAACUAAAUUGUUCAAUGAUUCUGUCAAAAGAUUGAAUAAGAUUCAGAAAAAGUUGGAUGAACUUUAUGAUGAUAUGAAGGAAAUAUGCCAAUUAUUACAAAUGGAUGCAUCUGAUGGGCAAUAUCAAUCUGAUUUGGCGUCGGCCACACGAGAAACAAGCUCUUUCUUGAUCAGCAAAGUGCUUGGCAGAGAGGAAGAACAACAGAGAAUAAUAGAGCUAUUGCUAAGAUCAACAGAUGAGUCAGCAUCAGCAAGUGACAACGGCAGUAGCUUCUCGGUCAUACCUCUUGUCGGACUAGGAGGUGUUGGGAAGACUACUCUGGCUCAGCUUGUUUACAAGGAUGAAAAGAUUCAGAACCAUUUCGCCCUCAAGAUUUGGAUUUGUGUGUCCGAGAAUUUUAAUGUGCAAAGACUCGCCAAGGAGAUGAUCGAGUCUGUAACCCAGACUGAACAUUCUUCGCAAAUGAGGUUAGAUGUUCUCCAAAACAUUCUAAAAGAGAAAAUUGCAUCUAAGAUGAUUCUGUUGGUCCUGGACGAUGUAUGGAAUGAAGACGAGGAGGAGUGGAGAAAGUUGUGUGCGCCAUUCAUGUUUGCUGCUGCGGGAAGCAAGGUCAUAGUGACAACUCGGAGCAUGAGCAUUGCCAACAAAAUUGGUACAGUAGAGGCGAUUGUCCUUGGCGGUUUAAAUGAAAUAUCUUUUUGGGAGCUGUUCAAGCAAUGCGCAUUUGGUUCUUCCAAACCUGAGGAGCACCCAGAACUCGUGGAAAUCGGGAGAAGUAUAGCUUCGAAGUUGACGGGCUUGCCGCUGGCAGCAAAAACAGUGGGAAACUUGUUAGGAUCCAACAUGAAUCCACACCACUGGAGAAGAAUAAUGAAGAGCGAGGUAUGGGAAUUGCAACAGAAUAAAAAUGAUAUUAUUCCAGUCCUACAACUGAGCUAUCAAUAUCUUAGUGCACCUCUCAAGCGGUGUUUUGCCUUCUGUUCCCUCUUUCAAAAGGAUCAGAGGUUUUCUGAAAUUGAGUUAACAAGAAUUUGGAUGGCUGAAGGGUUCAUUGUGGCUCAAGGAAAUCAGAGGAUGGAAGAUGUAGCGAGUAAGUACUUUCAUGAGUUGGUCAACAUGUCUUUGUUUCAAACAUCGUGGGGGAAUUAUUACGUGAUGCAUGACCUCAUACAUGAUCUAACACAAUCGGUUUCUAUGGACGAAAUAAGUAGGAUGACUGAUAGCAAGUCCAAUACGAUAUCAGCCACCCUCCGUCAUCUAUCAGUUGAAACAGAGUUCAUAGAGACAAAGGAAUUGAGAUCUAGAAUCAAGAAAUUAUAUUCUCUAUUCUGCCAACAUCUAAAGUCACCACCCCUUGACUUUAUUGAAAAAUUAAGAAGUAUUCGUGUAUUGGUUUUGUCUCAUUGUAGCUUGUUGUUGCUGCCUACGAGUGUUGGUGAAUUGGUACAUCUCCGGUACCUCGACAUUUCUUACAAUUUAUUAACUGAAUUGCCUGAAUCACUGUGUGAACUCUACAAUUUGCAAACACUGAAAGCAAAUCGCACCUCACUAAUCUCUCUUCCAAAAGAUAUAAGUCAGCUGGUUAACUUGAGGCAUCUUGAUGUUGAAAAUGAAAUAGUUGUAAAGAUAAAAAUGAUAGGGAGGCUAACCUCUCUUCAAGAAGUGUCUGAAUUCCAAGUGCGAAAGGAAGUUGGAUUCAAGAUCACAGAGCUAAGUGGUUUGAAGCAGCUUCAUGGAAAACUCAAAAUUACUAAUCUGGAGAAUGUUGAAAGUAAAGAAGAGGCUGAAAAGGCUCAAAUGAAGAACAAAGAGUACCUUGAUGCUCUAGAGUUGGAAUGGGGAUUUGAUCCUCAGUUGGAGAACAAGUUAGUUGCCAUGGAAGAGGUACUUGAAGGACUCCAACCUCAUGAGUCACUAAAAGGAUUAAAGAUCAGGAGGUAUUGUGGUGCCAGAUCACCAAGCUGGAUGAAAAAGGAGUUAUUCAACUUGGAAAGACUUGAGUUGAGUUACUGUGAGAAUUGGAAAGAUAUUUCGUGCACUGCAUUGCUGCCGCACCUCAAGGUCUUCCACAUAACGAGCAGCAUGUGGUUCUCGAAAUCUUGUUUUGAGGUAUGUGGCUCUAGAGAGAGGAAAUUAUUUCCUAUGCUAGAAGAGCUAGUGCUGAGGGAAACGAAUGCAUUAGAAGAAUUGCCCAAUUUUGGACGAUUUCCUUGUCUGAGGGUUGUUGAAAUGACAGGAAUAGAGUCAUUGAAACACAUUGAUUUUGAAGCAUCUAGUGCCACAAAAAAUUCCUUGUUUCCUAUGUUAGAAGAGUUGAAUUUGAGAUUCAUGUAUGCGUUGGAAGAGUUCUCCAAUUUAGGACAUUUUCCACGUCUCAGGGUUCUUUGCAUGCUACAAAUCCCGUUGUUGAAACACAUUGGUCUUGCAUCAGUUAACGCCACAGAAAAUGAUCCGUUCCCUGUGCUAGAAAAGCUACAGCUAAUUAGCUUGCCAGUUUUAGAGGAGCUCCCUGAUCUCGGUUCACUUCCAUGUCUCAAGUCUCUAGUAAUGAGUAUGAUGUCUAUGUUAAAACAUAUUGAUUUUGCUUUCUCCAGUGCUACAAGAAAAAGUACUACUUCCAAGGGUAGAGACGCUAGUAUUGCAUGACCUGGAGGCACUCGAGGAGCUUCCUUCUAAUCUUGGACGACUUCCAUGUCUUCAGUUUCUUGACAUUGCAAAUAUAUCAGCAGUGAAACAGAUAGGCCAUGAGUUCUUUAGCACUGAAGCUAUAUCCAAGUGUUUUCUUAGCUUGGAAAGGCUCUCGAUCCGCGACAUGCCGGCAUGGGAAGAGUGGUGUUGGAUUGACGGCAGCGAGCUAUUUCCAAGCUUACAAGUACUUACUAUCUAUCGAUGUCCUAAGCUCCAGAGGUUACCUCCUCUCCCUCCUUCGCUUACAGAUUUAACACUAGAAAAAGUUGGGUUAACAGAGCUGUCAAACCUACAGGAACUAGAAAUGAAUGAAAGUGGAGGCAAUCAAACCACAUCCUCUCUCUCAGAUUUACGAAUCAGCGAGUGCAACAAUUUGACAAGCUUAGAAAAAGGGCUGCUGUCACAGAAUCUAUCAAAUAUUAAAGUCAUUUAUUUAGAAGGAUGUAAUGAACUCAUGCGGAUGCCUCUCAAGAGAUUUGAAAACUUCACUUCGCUCAAGCAAUUACGGAUAAGAGCUUGUCCCAAGCUUAGCCUGACACAAGAAGAGGAAGCUGCCCUCCUUCCUCCCUAGAAACUUUAAAAUUGCUCAACUGUGGCGAUCUCGACAAAUUGUUACUUGGCCACCUCUUCAACUUGACCUCAUGACUUUUUAGGUCUCCCUCCAACCGAUCCUCACCGUCCAUCUUCAAUAUCACACAAGUUUUCUAGGUUCAGAUCACAUGAUAUUCUUGGUCUGACGAUUCUUCCUCGCUUAAAACCUGGUUAUUGUCGUUUGUGAGUUGUGGCUGCGAACCUCUCCUACCAAACUCCGAAGCCCCGCCUCCGCCGUCGAUUCCAUCUUAUUUUGUCAUCGCACAUUUGAGGUUUUCUUCCAUUGGCUUAUGAGAUUACAAGUCUGUGUCGGAGCUAUGAAGGAAGAAACAAUUGGAUGUGAUGUAGUUCUUGUAGCGGAAUCAGGUGGUGGGAGUAUCGCCAGCCACCAUCGAUUGUUCGUGUCACCCGAUCGACGCCCCGACAAGGUUCGGCUAUGUAAAGUCGAAAAAAGAAACUUCUUUUGGAUUUUACUGCAUAUCAAAAUGUCACUCAACUUUUGUUUGUUCGUUUCGAGUGAUGUGUAUGACCUUCUAGUUGGCGAUACUUAAAAUUUGUAUAUUGGUCAGGUUACUUGAAUAGAAGAUAAAAAGGAAAGUGACAAAAAAAGAAAAAACAUAAAUCAUGGGACUUCCUAUGUAAUUUUGUGAUCCUAUCCCUCCUUUUCCUCAUCUUUUCCAUU